AUGAGUUAAGCAGCGAGUGGAACUUUAAAAUCAAAUGCUACUUUAAAGAAGUAGUAGGCUGAGGAAAAUGCCAGAGUUUAAGCAUAAGCUUAAGGUCCUAAGCUUGUUCCUAGAACAUUGCCUCGUGAGAUAUUAAAAUGGAUUCAAGUAUUAGAUCUAAGUUACUCAGUAAAAGAUACCAAAAGAGAUUUAUCAAAUGGAUUCUUGAUUGCAGAAAUAUUUUAGCGUUAUUAUCCUACUAAAGUUUAGAUGCAUUCAUUUGACAAUAGUCAUAAUCUUACAAGAAAAAAAAAUAAUUGGGAAUUGUUAUAGCUAUUUUUUUCAAAAAAUGAAAUUGCUAUUGAGAGAUCUGAUUGGGAACCUAUUCUUUUAGAUAGUGAAAUGGACACACUAAUCAAUUUUAUGUCAAAGAUUUUUACUAUUUUGACUCAAAAAAAAUUGCAGAAACCUCCACUUGCUAAUUAUAUAAACUCCAAGGAAUUUUUGACUUCUACUUAAUCUAAUAAUGAAUUAGCUAUUGGAGGAACAACUUCUUAUCUAUUAAAAGACAAAGGAUUAGAGAGACUUGAUGAAAAGAAAGAAGAAAAAUCAUUGGCACAAGCAGAUGAUAAAGAAAAGAAGUUAGAUGGAUCAGUUUCAAGUGAAAAUAAAGGAUAAUUAACAAACCACUCUUCAAAACGCACAAAUUUUUUGAGAGUGCCUUCAAAACCCAUUUCUCAAAAUAUUGAAAGUUUAUCUCAUUAAAUUGAUGUCAAAAAUAUUACAGUUAGAUAAGUUUAAGGAAGUAUUUUAAAGUUAAGGGAAAAUAAAAUGCUUGUAAAUGAGCCUGGAAAUUAAGAACUUACAGGAGCCUAACUGCAAUCUCUUGUUGUGAGUAAAGUUCACAAUAACUAAAUAAAUGGAGAAAAUACUCAAAAGAGUUAAAACUAACUUGACACUAAUCAAUAAUACAUGAGCUCUCAAGAUAGCAAAAAGAAAGAAAAGCUGGUCGAAUAAACUAUUUUGGAUAUUUUGAACAAUAUGCUUAUGAUAAGAUUCUAACAAGGAACUCAUAAUGAAGAGCUUAAAAAAAUUAGAGGCAAAAACAUUAAUUUGGCUUCUGCUUUUGCUGACCAAGUAGAUGAGUUCAGUGAUGAAUUCGUAAGCAGCUUUUUAAAUGAAAUCUUGUAACAAAAAGAUGCAUUUAUCAGUUUUCUCUUCAAAGAAACAAAUAAUUUAUGGACCUUCUUCAAUUUUUGUUUUACAAUUCUUUACAAUUUGAGCCACAAUAAGUAAAGUCUUCAUGUAAUAGGAGAAUUUAUUAAGGGAUUUGGAGAAAAGAGUCUUUAGAGAGACCCAAAUAAAACAAAGAAUAUUUUCGUUGAAUUUUUCUUACCAACUUUAGCUGAAAAAAUAAAGCAAUGCACUUUCUUUUAGAAAAAAGAAAUUAUGAUAUAAACAAUUUAUCAUUUUUGUCCAAAUGAUCCUGCCUCAAAGAGCUAAAUGAUAUCAUCAGUUAAAAUUUGCCUAAAAGAUAUGAAUAUAUUCAUGCAAGUUUUGGUCAUAUUAUUCUAAUUUGAGGACUCUUAUACAGAGUACAACAAAAAGCUAAUUGAAGACUUUUUAUUAUUUGCAACUUAAAACUUGUUUGCUGCAGCCACCAAUCUUAGGACUAUGUCUCUUGCAAUUUAUUCUCAUGCUGCCGAUCUUAAACCUGAUGUUGUGCUAAACUCGUUAAUAAAUAAAAUUGAUGCAAUUUCAAAAAACCAAUGGUGGGAAUGCAAAUGUCUUGCAAUCAUUGUCUUCUCUAAAGUUAUAAAAGGAAUAAUUAACUCCGAUAGAUAUUAAUCGCUUGUAAAGAAUCCAUCUGCAAAUUAAAAAUUCUUUUCAAUUGAGAAUGAAAGGAUGAUUUCAGAAAUGAAAGAAUAAAUGGAUAAAUUUGCUAGAGGCAUUUAUAAUGCUGCUUUUCCUCCUUCAAGUGCAAUUAUCUUAUCAACUUCAUUCAUUUACAUAGUGGAACAUUUAGGUGAAUCUAAAAUUUUGUUGGAAUUAUUCUUAAAUUUGAUAUUAAACUGCUCUGAACCCACUCGUAAUUGGGUAUUACAUUCUGAUGAAGAAAAUUAUAAGUAAGGAGAUUAAAAUACUCUGUAGACAAGUGGUUUUCACUCUUAGUUGAAUAUGUCAGUUGACAAAAAUAAUGAAAAUCAAGCUAAUCAGUAGCAUAAUAUGAGAGGAAGUGGUACAUAGGGAGCUCAUCAUCAUCAUGAUAAUUUGCUUCAAGAUGAAGAAGAUAAAGAAUAAAUUGAAUAGUUAAACAUGCUUAAUCCUUCCAAUCAUUUGAAGGAAUCAGACUUAUUUUAAUACUUGAUAUACUCAAGUAGGUCAUUAAAAUACAAAUCAUAGAUAAACUCAGCUGUUAUUAAGACUUAUGCUUCUUAGAUUCUUUAACUCUUUGUUUAAUACAUUAAAGAUUAAGAUAAACAACUUGAAUAGCUUUCAUAGGAACACAUGGAUAUUAUUACAUUUGGAUUUAAGCACACUGAUUUUAAGAUCAUAAAUAUGGAAAGCUGCGAAACAAUUGCGAAUGUGUUGAAAGAAUACAUUCUUAUUUCUUUAUGUGAUUCCAAUCUUUGUUAGCAGGGAAAGCAGAUACUUCUGAAACUUUUAGAUCUACAAUUCUUUUCCGAUGUCAAAUUAGCAGACAUUGAAAAUCUAUUUGGAAGCACUAUUGGUUUGAUUUAUAAGAAUUAAAUAGAAGAUACAAUUCACAAUAUGGAAGAUAUUUUACAAAUAUUGGUUGACCAAGCGUUCAACCAAGGAGUGGAAAAUGUGAAAUAAUUUUUGUUAGACUCUGUUCAUUACCUUAAGCAGAAGAAGAUGAUGCAAUAUAUUUAGGAUACAAAAGCUUAUUAAUUAUUAGAAAAACCUAUUGCUUUCUUAGAUACUUCCAAUACAUAGGAUAAUAAUUAAUAAUAACAGCAAAAACCUUCAUAAACACCUAGUAAUCAAAAUAAUAAAAAUCAACAACAACGUUUCGACGACAACACUCCUUCUUCUUCUAAUCAUAAUAUGCAUAUGAUUUAAGAAAAACCACAUGAAAAAGAAGAAAGCAUAGACCCAUUUAAUGAAGAUAGCCAAUUUUAAAACAGAGACUACUAAGAUAGAAAUGACUCAUCUUUUAACUGA